AUGACUAUCGAUUGGAAUCUUUCUCGAAUCACGACUACGAUUGUACCGCUGGCAGCAAACCCAAAUGCUGUACAGGUGAUUUAUACCAACAUUGUGUUGGUGACUCUCGUAACAGUAUGGACAGGACUGCGCCUGUACUCCCGAAAGAUGCGCCGCGUUCCUUUUGGAGUCGACGACAGCUUGUACAUGGUGGCAUUGAUACUGUUCUACGCCUUUGUAGUUCUGCACUUCAUGAUGCUUUUCCUUGGUGGUGCAGGUCAUCACGUCUCAGAGCUCCAGCAGUGGCAUAUUGAGAAGUUGAUGAAGUUUGGAUACGCUAGUCAGGUGGUCUACGCUGUGUCUCUUGGAUCCCUCAAGAUCAGCAUCUGUUGGAUGCUUCAACGCAUUUUCUUUGUCCGUCCCUUCAAGAUUGCAGCCUGGGCAACCAUGGGCAUGUGCAUUGCCUGGACUUUGAUGACGAUUCUCAUCGGCUUGCUUAUCUGCAGACCAAUCGCGAUGCAAUGGAAUCCGACGAUUUCCGGGGGGGUCUGUGGUGAUCAAAUUACAGCUUUCGCUGCUGUGGGCGUGGUCGAUGUCAUUGUCGAUCUAAUCAUCUUCAUUUUUGCCCAUCCCGAUGGUUCUGAAGCUCCAAGUUUCUAG